GUGCGGUUCCCGUGAAAUUGAAGCGCUCCUUAAAAAUUACGAAAAACUACUGAAAAUCAAUAGUUUAAUUAACAAAUUAACCGUGAACUAUUAGAUUUGCCAUCAAAGUGGAAACAAAAGGGAGAGAGAGAUUGAAGGAGGGAGAAAAGGUCAAAAAUAGCUCGAGCUGAGGCAGAAAAAAAUAGACCAGAGCAGGUCAUGCUCCCCCAGAAGUCAUAGGAGAUAUAGAAAUGACUAAGCCGGAAGAGAAGCACCUGCAGCAGCUGCUUGUGCAAUUGGAGAAGGUGCCACGCCCCCAGUUGCAGCAGAAGUUCGUUGCCCACUUUAAGAAGGGAGGCAAGGGGAACCACCAGAGCAAUUGCAACCUGGAAGACUUUGCCGCUUACUUUCUGGAUGCACUGCGUCAGAACACAAAGCGAUAUUUCUACACGCGCAAUUCGGAGACUCCCGUGCAUUCUCUGACUCCCAUCCGUCAGCCCAAGCCACCGCCCGCUGAUGUGGCCAAGGAGCUGGAGGAGCAACACCAGCUUAAUGAUUCUCUCCUCAAUCGCAGCUGUAAGACAACCUCCACUUCGACAACGACGCCGGCUCGUCAGCAGCCGCAGGGCCGAAGAUCCACGCCAGGAAGUGGUGGUCAGUUUUCCAGCACGCCCAACAAAAGUGGAGGAGGAGGAGGAGCCGGAGGAGGUCACAGCUUCUGCCUGGGCGAUUUUCUGACCACGACGCCCAACCAAAGUCAGCAGCGAUCCAAGAAGAAGACCACGCCCCAGCAACAGCAACAGAAUCAACACCCUGGAGCGGGUUCAAUAGCUGGAGCCGGAGCCGGGUCUACACCGCAAUCCAAGCCUCGCCGACGUGUCUUACCCAUGACCAUCAGCAAGAAUGUUUCAGCCAGCUCCUCUUUUGGCGACACCAGUUCCUUCAGCAACGAUAAUAACCUAUGGCGAAUCUCUCAAAGCAGCGAGAUCUUUGAUAGAAGUCAAGGAGCAGCGCUGGAGAUGGAGGCCCGAAAGUCGCUAUUGCUGAACAAGCAGGAGAUCAAAAGCGAGGCGCCUGUGAAUGUCAGUCAGCAGGAGAGGACGCUGGAGGAUGAGGUAGUUGCUGAAGAAGCCUUUAGUUUGGAUGAUGUGAGCGAUACCAACCAAUUGCAGCUGCUAUCUACAUUGUAUAGCUUAUUGUUUGACCUGAAUUUAGUGCCUAAUGUCCUGAGUGAGCUGAGCUUUGUACUUCAGUUGCUCAAUAUACGAGACUUUGGGCAAUCACCCGAUGAGUCGGAUCCUUCCAUGCCUUUGGAGCGGCUCACUAAGUACAAAAACUGCGUUUACUUUGCCUUGAAGCUGCUGGAGAACCAGCAAAAGUUGUUACUCCAGCUGGACAAAAGGACUUUGGUGGUGCUGCUUCAAAACGAAAGACUGAGCCUUCUGCCCCCCGGGAUUAUGCAGCAACUGGAGGCGUCCUGCCAGCAGAGACCGGAGAUAACUACUCCCUUUGCUCUGGAGACCUCAUCCUCCUCCCAACAGAAUGUAUACUAUCAUGUGGAAAAGGAUUCCCGGGACAACUUUCCCUCGCAGAACGAGUUUGGGGCUUUUAAGACCCAGCGGGAUCUCUUUUACAAGGCCCUUAAGCAAUGGGAGGUGAGCCAUCUAAAUCGCAUUUUCAACUUCGCCAGCGAGCUGACGCCCCGGAUAAGGGAAAUCUUCAAAGUAUCGGAUCACCCUGUAAACAUGGCGCACUUUGCAAAAUUGUUUGUCAGUCAGCUGUUGAUCUCCGCCACUGAAACCACUGAAUCUCCAGAAGAACUGGGCAUUAAGCUGGAUCCUCUCAGACACAAUAAACUAGCCCAGCGCCUAGUGACCUCCAACUCUAGUGUGGAAGGUCAGUUUCCCCGUUCGCAGGCCUUUUUCCGCGACUUUAUCGCCGGAUGUUCAUCGGUGGCAUUUCUGGUGCAUCUGAAACUGGCUCUUUAUGUCCAACUAGUCCGCCACAACGAUUCCACAUUUGAUCUGCUUCAACUGGCAGAAGAUGUAGGUGCCGAGGAGCAGUCCGUUCAGCAGGGACCCUACAUCGUUCGCGUGCAAAGCAUGGCCAAUAUGCUGAUCCUGGCCAAGUUUCUUGGCUAUGUGACUGUUUUGCCUUUCAGUGGGACCACGCAGCAUGGCAAUCCAUCGCCGCCUUAUCUUUGCCCACAACAGUUGCAACUUCGCAGCCACUUUCACCCGGAUUUCAAUCUCCGAGAGAUUCUUGAACGCUCUAUGCGCCAGGGCAAGCUGCUAAUCACGCUUCCAUGGCUAGUUCAAUACCUGGUGAUGCUGGAUUUGGUCACCCUGCAUCUCCCAGACACGCUGGCCACCUUGGAGCUGCUCUACGGAUUGUAUGCCGCUAUUCAUGUGGAUAAACUGCAACCGGGGGCCGUAUUCAUAGCCAGAAGUUGCAUUGGCUGGCUUUUGGAUGCUCAGCCCCAAUUGGUUAAUGGUUACUACAGUCACCGGGCGCUUGAGGCCGGAGCUAGCAGCACUUCGUCGAUUGUGGAUCUCUGCUUGAGUGGGCUCCGUUGCCACGAGAAAUCUUUCGCCCCCUUGCUGGAGGAACUUUUGCCCGUGGCCUGUCCUUUUCUUCAAGAAUUCCGGGUCAGUAUCACGCCAUCUCGCCAGGCGAGAAGUGGCCGCUUCCGAUACAUAACCACCCGCUUAGAGCAGCUGCAGCAGAGCAGCAGCGCCACGUCUAAGGAGGCAAUGGCUCCCAGCGAGCUUACCCUCGCGGAGCAGCAGCAACGCAAGUUGGCGGAUGCCUUCUUGCACUCCCAGAACGCCUCCACCAGGAGAUUGAUUGAGUUCGUCACGGAGCGCAGCUUCAAGUGUGUGGUCAAGGAUGCCCAGCAGGAGAUUCUGCUCCCUUCAAAGGCGUCGGCGGAUGCCAAGGUUAACGAGAUCAGCUCUAUAAAGCAAGAUGAAGUGUAUGAGAUGCUGCAGCAGAUCUUUCAAGAGGCCAGGGAAAAUGCUUGCCAGCGCUGGAAGAUCCAGGUGCCGCUUAUGCUAGAUAGGCGCAUAGGUCAAUCCCUGGAGGCCCUUUUGCCCGCCAGCACCAAUGCAGUGCUGCGAUCUACAUAUGCUCAAUUAAUCCGCGUCCAAGCUCAGUCCCAGCUGCAACAGUGGCUUCAAUCCAGUGUACUACACUCCACCUUCUACCAUGGUGACCUCCGGGAGCUAGCCACUAAGGUGUGUCACUCCAAUAGAAACAAGGCGGAUGCAGCAGCUGCCGGUGGCGGUUCCAGCGAGCUCCAACUCAGCCCGGAUGUGGGCUUUAGCCUGUCGGAGUUACUCUUUCAGCUGCAGCAGUGGAUGCACUGCCUCAGCUUGCGGCCGGAAAAUGUUGGCAGCAGAGAAGAUCUGACCGCGCUGCUGCGACAAUCCCAACAGGCGGUUCUAUUUCCACAGAUGCCCACUGUUUUCUAUCACCUAAUUGGAUCUGGAUUGGUACACCUGCUUCAGUUGCUCAUUAACAGAAAACCGAAUUUUUUUGACGAGGAUGUAAUCUCAGCCAGCUGUUUGGUGUGGCGGUCGCCGCAAUUUAUGGCCAGUGAGGCUUCGCCCGGAAUCUUUGAGGGCCUGCUCAGCAUUACUUUUGUAGAGGAGAUGGGCAACAAUCCGGAUAGCUUUCGGUUGCUGGAGAAGCUCCUAAGAUCCAUGUUGGAGACGGGAGCAGUGCGGGCUGAUCAGCUCAACGAACUUUUUAUGCCGCUCUUCGCCGAGAACUGGCCGCCAAACGUGUGGAGCACCCUUUCCAACUUACUGCAGCAACUCUCUCUUUCCGGGAAAGACAUUGGAGGACACGACACCUCCGGCGAAAGCCACGAAGACGAGGCCAAGUCGCAACUCUUUAUGGAGAUGCUAGCCGAUUUAUCGCGGGAUCUGGAUAGUUUUUAAGUUAAGAAUGUUGGUUAUGUCACUUAGCGUUUGUUUCGAAUAAAUCGUUCCUUUUUGUAUUUGUCUGCUGAAAAUAACUCGGAAAUGAGGGGCAGAGUAUGUGGCCGAUAAGAUAGCGAUAGCUGUUGGAAUCUAAUCAGCGAGAGAAUGUGUCACUUUCGCAGUUUUAGUUUCGUUAUGCUGUGCAAACGUUGAGGCCACUUAAAGGGAA